UGAACGUUUGGUCCGGUGAAAAAACCCGGCUCAACAGUUGACCAGGGAAAUCAAUUGUUCUAUGUUAUUUUGUGAGUUCCGUGUUAAAUUUUGUAAAUUCUACAAAUUUCUGAGACCUCGCCACAAAUUCCGUUCACCUGCAAUUCAUGGGAUUGAUGUCAAUGGUCCCUGUGUAUUUGGUUUUUUUCCUGGUUUUCACAGGCCAAUCCAUGGCGGAUAAUACAACAAAUACCCUUUAUGGCUGUAGCCCUAUCGGCCGUCUUGAUGCUGCUGUUUUUGAUACAAAUCUUGACACAGUUUUGGAUUCACUCAGCCAAAAUGUCUCAACUUCUCGUUUUGGAACGGAUAUUGCAGGGAAUUUCAGCAAUCAAGUGUAUGGCCUUGCACAGUGCAGAGCUGAUUUAUCUCUUUCUCUCUGCGCCCAAUGUUUUGAAGAAGCGCGGAACCAGCUCGCCCGACUUUGUCCCACACAAAAUGGGGGACGAAUCUUUGUCCACGGCUGUUUCUUGCGCUUUGAAAAUUCGUCAUUUUUUACCAAGUAUGUAGAUAAUAGCUUACCUGGAACCUGCAACUCUUCUUCCAAUAGCAGCGCGGAGAAUUUUUCUCAAAAGACGCAGAAAUUGCUUAGCACAAUCGUUGAAACAGCUCCCAGCAAUAAGAGCUUUGCAGUUGCGUGGACGGUGGAAUCGGCUUCUUCCAACAUAUAUGCUCUGGCUGAAUGCUGGCAGUCUGUUUCAACCCUAGACUGCCAAAAAUGUCUACAGAGAGCUCAGGAAGAGUUAGAAAAAUGCCUUCCGUCUCUGGAAGGCCAAGACCUCGAAGACGGUUGCUAUUUAAGAUACGCCAACUACUCUUUCGUUUCUGUCAAUGGCAUUUCCGCGACGAACACGGAGGGAAAUGGAGGAUCGAAAGGGAAGAUUGCAGGCAUAAUCGUUGGAGUUAUUGGUGGAGUAGUUUUAAUGGUGGCUGCUUUCUUUGUCUUUCGGAAACGUAGUCAGCCAAGAUUUUUGAGGAAAUGGCGAAAGAGAGAUCUGCCAGACGGGGAAUUGGAAUUGGGGGAAAGAGCCUGGCGGUUUGAUUAUGAAGAUCUUAGAGAGGCAACUGAUGAUUUCGAUGUCAAGAACAAGAUUGGUGAAGGGGGAUUCGGCCAGGUCUUUAAGGGAAGGCUGCAGAAUGGGAGAGAAAUUGCUGUGAAAAGAUUGUUUCCAAGUGAAUCGAAUAGGGUCGCUGAAGAAUUCGUAAAAGAAAUAGAGCUUAUCAGUGGUGUCUCUCACCGGAACCUGCUUACAUUACUAGGAUUCUCCACGCUAGAAGACACGAGGAUGCUCGUCUUCGAUUACAUGACAAACGGAAGCCUCGACAAGCAUCUCUUUGGCAGAGGAGGAAUUUCCCUAAAUUGGGAAGCACGCUUCGACAUUAUAUUGGGAACUGCUCGAGGCUUGACUUAUCUGCACGAGUAUUCUCAUGUUCGUAUCGUGCACAGAGACAUCAAACCAGCCAACAUUCUGUUAGAUGACAAAUUCCAGCCUAAAAUUGCAGAUUUUGGAUUGGCAAGACUCUUCCCUCACGACAGAACCCAUCUCACCACAGGGAUUGGGGGAACACUAGGUUAUACUGCUCCGGAAUAUGCAGUCCACGGUCAGUUAACUGUUAAAGCCGAUGUAUACAGCUAUGGAGUGCUCGUUCUGGAGAUUGUUAGCGGUAGAAAAUCAAUACAAAAUCAGCUUUCGGCUGAGAUGCGGCUUCUACUGCCCUGGACAUGGAGACUAUACCAAAAAAAUGAAGGGCUGGGUAUUGUGGAUCCAAGGCUGGAGGGAGCGUUCGAUGCCGAACAGGUAUCAAGAGUGAUAAACGUUGCCCUUCUGUGCGCGCAUGACUCAGCAUCAAAGAGACCGUCCAUGUCGAAUGUUGUAUCAAUGCUUACAGGAAAUUCUCCAAUACCAAGGGUGGAGGCAACAAAAGCAAAACCUGCAUUCACCAGCGAGAUUGGUGAUACGCAGUAUGUGUUCAUUGACUCCACAUCUCAGUCGGCCUCUUCCUCAGCAGCAGGGCCAUCCUCUUCCUCUGCGGCAGGGCCAUCCUCUUCCUCUGCCCUCAUCUCUGGUUCUUCAGAAUUACCUUGCUGAAAACACAAGUUUCGGACUGCUAAUCGGUCCCUUAUUGAAAGAGGUUUCUGGUAUGCCAAUUGUUUAACAGAGAUGCUGAGACCUUUCUGGUAUACCUUGUUUAACAUAGAUGCCAAUUGUUUUACAGAGACGCUGAGAGAUUUCUGGUAUGCCAAUUGUUUAACAUAGAUGCCGAGAGGUUUUUGUAUGCCAAUUGUUUAACAGAGAUGCUGAGAGGUUUCUGAUAUACCUUGUUUAACAGAGAUGCUGAGAGGUUUCUGGUAUGCCCAUUGUGUUGCUGAGAGCUUUCUGAUAUACCUUGUUUAACAGAGAUGCUGAGAGGUUUCUGUUAUGCCAAUUGUUUAACACAGAUGUUGAGAGCUUUCUGGUAUAGGUUUCUGGUAUGCCUAUUGUUUUUCAGAAAUGCUGAGAGCUUUCUAGCAUACCUUGUUUAACAGAGACGCUGAGAGGUUUCUGGUAUGCCUAUUAUUUUACAGAGGUGCUGAGAGCUUUCUGGCAUACCUUGUUUAACAGAGAUUCUGAUAACUAUGGCACCCAGUUGAUUGAGAGAGUGUUGACCCUGAUUUGACCUUGAUGCCAAAAAGUAUAUGUAGUGGCUAAUUCCUAAUCAUGGUUAAGUUUUUGACUCCCAUCGGGCAAUAUGGAUGGUUGCGUGGCAGUAAAGGAUAAAUGCACAUGUUAUUUGACUAAGCACUUAUGUCUUGGAAAUAAUGAUCCACGUGGUGGGCAACGUAAUGUGGACUUCAAAUAAGUUUCUUUUUCAUUUGUUACGGAUGCUCAGUCUUGGUUAAGCUUGGAAAAGCAGUUUGAUUGUUCGCAUUUCAUCUCUACAUUCUUCAAACCCUAGCUAUCACUGUAUAUUAUGCGGAAAAUGUGGAACGUUUCCUUGAAAUCUGCAUAUGGGUUUUUGAUAUGUUUACCAGUCCAGUGCAAGCUUUCGAUUGAUAGUAUUUUUUACUCUGUUCGUUGGCAUAAAAUGAAGAUUAUGUGGAUUCGGCCGUCGCUUUUCUACAGUUUUUUUAAUGGUCUUCAAUGACAGGUAUUCUCUAUAACUUUAUUUUGUACAAGAGCAAAUUAAUGGACGAAAUGGAGAAAACUUGUUACUCUCUGGUGAUUUUUCGAAUCAGUUAUGGUAAAUGUUUUGUUCAUUCCGGUUUUAUUUUGGAAAUGAAAAAGAAUGAAAGAGUUAUUGUUGUUUAUCUUCUGUUAGUUGAAGAAGAGUUGUUUAUUUAAAAUGAAAGGAAAACAGUUGCUGUAACUGUGUACCGUAAAACAGUUUCUUUCUCUCAACCCUAACGUGGGUUUUGCAAACUACUUCGUGAGUUUCUUAUGAAGACUUGUCUGUUGUUUUUGGCAUAUAUAAAACGUUUGAUUCUCAGAACAGAUGAUGUGUGAAAAACAGUGAGAUACAGUGAGACAAGUGUGAAGAAAGUGAUAACAUUUUUAAACAGUGCAGUAGAUUACCAGUCACAGCCAAGGGGUUUCUUAAGAAUCAAUACUCUGUUUUUGUUACAGAGUAUAUGAAACUUUGUUGAUGUGAAACCAUAUUGUUCAGGGUUUUUCGAAACCAUAUUGUUCAGAGCAUAUGAGGCUUUAAUGAUUUGAAACUAGAUUUUUGUCAGUGAUUGGAUAGUGUUAAUUUUAUCCUUGAAGAAUAUUGUUGCAAAAUUAUUCAUAUGUACAGACUGGUAAAAUAUUCUCGCUUCAAUCCCUGAUGGUUUUGUGACUGCAAGAAUAAAAUGCAUGCAUAAAAUCACCAGUGGUUGUAAGCUCGAGUUGAAAUAUUCAUUGAUAAGAAGAGGGGUUGGUGCUCCUUGAGGCCUUGUGGUUUCUAAAACAUGUGAACUGAGUUGGUGCUCUUUUUGAAUCAAUAUAAGGGAUCUUCCGAGUGGUUUUUCUACCCCAAGAGGGUUUUCCACUCAUGAAAAAUAUUGUGUUA